UUAAAAGAUGAUGACAAGUGACAACAAUAGUCCAAAAUUAGUCCACAAUUCGACAGCAAAUUCCAACAUCAAUCUUGGAAUUUGUUAACAACACAAUUCAUUCAUCUCCACCGUGAUCCCACUCGAAACAACGAAGCGAAAAUGGCUGCAGAAAGCGGCAAAACUGAUUUAGCUGAAGACGGUUCUGUCGCUGGAUUCGAUUCUCUGCACCGCCUCCUCCAAUCUUCCCUUCCUCCCCACCUUUUUCAGGAAGCUAGCCGAUUGCUGAUUGGGCUAAACUGUGGAAAAACGCUUGAUUCUGUUGCUCUUCCCGAUCCCGCCAAAUCUCUUUCUCUAAACCAUGAUUUUGAUCUUCAGGCAUUUUCGUUUCGUGCUGAUAGCGAAUCACUGAGGGAACCUCGCUGUGUUAGGGUGGGUCUGAUUCAGAAUUCUAUAGCUCUGCCAACUACUGAACCAUUUCUUGAUCAGAAACGGGGCAUCUUUCAGAAAUUGACACCGAUCAUUGAAGCUGCAGGUGCUUCUGGAGUCAACAUAUUAUGUUUGCAGGAGGCUUGGACGAUGCCAUUUGCAUUCUGCACUCGUGAGAAGAAAUGGUGUGAGUUUGCAGAGCCAAUAGAUGGAGAAUCGACAAAAUUCCUUCAGGAGUUUGCUCGGAGGUACAACAUGGUUAUAGUGAGCCCUAUCCUUGAAAGGGAUGUGAACCAUGGGGAGAUACUCUGGAACACUGCUGUAAUAAUUGGAAAUAAUGGGAACAUAAUCGGGAAGCACAGGAAGAAUCAUAUACCUAGAGUUGGGGACUUCAAUGAAAGCACAUACUAUAUGGAAGGAAAUACCGGGCAUCCUGUGUUUGAGACGGCUUAUGGAAAGAUUGCUGUCAAUAUAUGUUAUGGAAGACACCAUCCUCUUAACUGGUUAGCUUUCGGCUUAAAUGGUGCGGAGAUAGUUUUUAACCCAUCUGCAACUGUGGGUGAACUUAGUGAACCAAUGUGGCCCAUCGAGGCACGUAAUGCAGCCAUAGCAAACAGUUACUUUGUAUGUUCAAUCAAUCGUGUUGGGACUGAACAUUUCCCGAAUCCAUUCACCUCCGGAGAUGGGAAGCCACAACAUACAGAUUUUGGACACUUCUAUGGUUCCAGCUACAUAUCAGCGCCCGAUUCCUCCUGCACGCCAUCUCUAUCCCGCCACAAGGAUGGCUUGCUGAUAUCGGACAUGGAUCUCAACCUCUGCCGGCAACUGAAGGACAAGUGGGGUUACCGCAUGACUGCCCGAUAUGAGAUUUAUGCAGAUCUGUUUGCUCGUUAUGUGAAGCCCGAUUUCGAACCCCAAGUCAUAACUGAUCCACUGUUGAACAAGAAAACCCUCUAGAUGUGAAAGGAACUGGGAAUCGGUUGCUGGAAUUAGAGUGUGCUUUUGCAAUGGAGAAUCCAAGAUUCUGGACAAUGUUCUGAUUGUGAAUAGUUUUACUUUUCCUCAACUUGAAUGCUGGUAAUAAUUUAAUGUAUUUGUGGUAAUCGUCGGACUUGCAAAGCUUGCAUGAAUAAUUCUUGUGUAAGUUAAAUAUUUUUUUUUCUGAAUUCAUGAAAGUACCUUAAACUGAUCCUUUUGGC